AUGGAAGACUACAUUAGAAGCGGGCAUGAAGCCAACGUGGCCAAGAACUUGACGUUGAAAUGGAUUCAGGACAAGCUACGUCUCCACAAUCAGACAAUGGAAGAUCUCUCCUUGCCUGUCCCGGAUUUCCAUCUCAUUAACCAACUGGUCGAAGCUCAGAUGGAAGAGAACAACGAAAACAGUCAAAGAGAAAAGAGACUGAUGGGCGAAAUGAUGUUGGAGCAACUCAACGACGGGCAACGCGCGGUCUUUGAUCAAGUCAUGACUGCUGUCAACGAUGUCAACAACUCACAUCCGCGGCAGUAUUUCCUGGACGGUCCUGGAGGAACGGGAAAGACCUUUCUCUACAACACCCUCAUCACCGUCCUCCAAGGCCAAGGGAGACAAGUCAUCGCAGUGGCUUCAACGGGGAUCGCGUCCACUUUGUUACUGGACGGAACAACUUACCAUUCGCAGUUCAAGAUUUAUCCUCCAAUAACAGAGACGACACGAUCGAAAAUCGAAGUAGCUAGCUACAACGCGCAACUGAUCAGAAACGCCAGUCUCAUAAUUUCCGACGAAGCCACCAUCCCGGGUAGGAAUUUUACCUAG